UUCACGUCGGACCAUUCUCUCAGGUAUGUAAUAUGUAUAGAGGGAUUUAAAUUAAAGAUUAAACCGGCCACCACUUGCUUCCAACCCAACUCUCAAACUUGAUGGCUUCAAUCAUGCUGACGCCAAAAUGGGUGGCUCUGCAUUGUCUUCUUCUGUUAGUUUUAUCAGCAAACGUAGCAUUUUGUGGGGAGCCAGUCUAGCACUGGCCUGGCUUUGACGGUGAACUUCCCUUCAACCUCCAAACUGGAUACAUCAGUGUGAAUGAUUCUGAGCUAUUCUACUACUUCAUUGAGUCCCAAGGAGAUCCUGCGACCGAUCCUCUCUUUUUUUGGUUCGAAGGGGGCCCUGGUUGCUCUUCCUUCCAUGGACUUAUUUAUGAAAUUGGUCCUAUGGAGUUUGAUAUUCACAGUUACAAUGGAGGAUUACCAAGAUUACUCUAUUACCCAUAUACUUGGACAAAGUAUUUUUGCUGAAUGGGAUAUCAAAUGCGGGAACAGAGUCAUAGUACAAUUCAGACUCGUAUCAAAUGCACAAGAGAAAGGAAGAGAAUGGAGAAAUAUUCACACUGAGGAAGGGAAGGAGUUGUCUCUCUUAUGUACACUAAGGACGUGCAUGAGGGAGGAAAAUCGGGAGAGACAGUCCGUGUUUCUGGUUCCCUACUUUCUGGCUUUCUAUGGCAUAACAAGAAAAAAAGGAAAUAUUACACAUAUGGCCACAGUUUUUAGUACGCACAAAGACCCAAACUUUCUCAAUAUUUUGAUAUAAGCCCCCACUCUAAUUUGGCUUAGAUUGGCCUGAUCCACCAGGGGUAGACAAUCCAACACAAUGUUAUAAUUAUGUUAAUUUGGUUAUGGUAUUGAUAUUAUUUCAGACAGCUAGUUUUGUGUACGUGGAUUCACCAGUUGGUACUGGCUUUUCUUAUUCAAUAUCUUUGGAUUGGUCAACUUCUGAUACUAAAUCUAUAGAAGAAGCUUCUCAAUUUGUGAGAAAGUGGUUAAUAAAACACUCACAAUAUCUCAACCUGCGAUUGUUCAUUGGAGGUGAUUCUUACUCUGGCCUCAUUGUUCCUAAAAUUACCAAGAGACUUAUUGAAGAUAAUGAUGCGCACGUGGAGCCACACUUGAAUGUCACGGGUUAUUUGGUCGGAAGCCCUACCACAGAUCAGCAUAUCAACGUGAAUUCAAGAGUCAUCUUAGCUCAUCGAUUGGCUCUCGUAUCAGACCAACUCUACGAGGAAUUGAAAAUAAGUUGCAAGCAGAACUUUGUUGACGUGGAUCCAUCCAACACGGCUUGUCUUACUGCUCUCUCCAAAUACGAAAAAAACAUAGAAGGAAUAUUGACUAUUGACCCAUUGGAACCAAAUUGUGCAUUUGCAUCUCCAAGACCAGAACUACCACUAAGUGUUAGAAAAUCGCUUGUAGAUCAAAGUAGUGAUGAACAACAAUUUCUGCUUUCGCCACCAAAAGUUCCCUCAGAUCUUCGGUGUCGGGCUUUUAACUACGCAUUAGCUUACAAUUGGGCAAAUGAUCCUGGUGUCCAAGAAGCCUUGCACGUUAGAAAGGGUACAGUAAAGUACUGGUCACAUUGCAACCAAACAAUCUCAUACACAAAAGAUAUCCAAAGUGUUAUUGACGUCCACAUGUGGCUCAGUCAGAGGCCCUUGGAAGUUCUCCUCGAUGUUGGAGACCAUGACUUGGUGGUGCCAAUCGUGGCAGCACAAACAUGGCUUAAGAUUCUAAACUUGACUGUCUCUUAUAAAUGGCGACCUUGGUACGUGGAUGGUCAAGUUGCAGGAUAUACCAAAAAGUUCGAUCAGGAGGCGUAUGGAUAUCGAUUAACAUAUGCAAUAGUAAAGCGUGGUGGUCACACAGCUCCAGAAUUUUACCGUAGAGAAUGUUACGAGAUGUUUCAAAGGUGGCUCCAUUUCUAUCCGUUGUAAUGUAAUUCAAUGAUUAAGAAUUCAGAUUCUGUUUUUAAUUAAGAAUUUAGAUUUUGUAUAAUUUCGUACAACCCAUCUUGUCGUCACUGUUCUAUGCUAAUAAUGUAUGUAUUAUUGUUUCUA